GUUCAUGCUGCUGCUGGUGCGAGCUGCUGGUGUGAAUGGAUCCAGAAGAAAGAAGAAAGAGCAGACGUGCCUGAGUGGUCGCACUCUGUGAAUGUCUCGAGGCUCCAUGGCCCUGGUGCGACAGAGACCCCCGAAAGGAGGGAACGCCUCCGAGAUCGAAAGGAAAAUUAAAAGAGGGAAUGCUCUGCGGCAGGGAUCGUCCUGGAGAGGAUCCCGUGGACUGGUGGCUCUGCUCCUGGUCGUGGUGUGCGUGAGCGGAGCGGCGACGUGGCUCUACUUGUCUUCUCUGGACAGCGACAUCACCGAGGUUUUAGCCAGCCAGAGGGAGCUGGUCUCUCCUGAGCCCAGAGUCUUCACCGUGCAGUGCUCAGAGGACUAUGAGAACCAUAAACGCUAUCCGGGAUGCACCCCUCAGAAGUGUGGCCGGGCGGUUGCAGACGGCGUGGUAACGAGGGAGGAGGCUCAGGUUCUCAGGAGGCUGGCUGAGCGGGGCCUGGCUCUGGCCGGAUCUGAGGGAGGAGCCUCCAUCCUGGACCUGCACUCUGGAGCCCUGUCCAUGGGGAAACAGUUCGUCAACAUCUACAGAUAUUUCGGGGAUCAGAUCGGAGAUGUGUUCACCCCGGAGGACUUCCAGCUGUACAGGGACGUACGCGGGCGAAUCCAGGCGAUCAUCGCCAAGACGUUCGGUCUGGACCCGACUCUGAUGUACCUCACCAAGCCCACCUUCUUCUCCAGAAUCAACAGCACGGCAGCCAAAACCCAACACGACGAGUACUGGCACCCGCACAUCGACAAGGUGACUUACGGCUCCUUCGACUACACCUCUCUCCUCUACCUGUCUGACUACGACUCCGAUUUCACGGGGGGAAGAUUUGUCUUCAUGGACCAAAAUGGCAACCGGACAGUGGAACCACGAGCAGGUCGAGUGUCUUUCUUCUCGUCCGGCUCGGAGAACCUCCACCGGGUGGAGAAGGUAACGUGGGGAACCCGCUACGCCAUCACCGUGUCCUUCACGUGCGACCCCGCACACGCCAUCGCCGACCCCACCCUGCCUUGAGGAGUCCACAGAUGAUGGAUGACGGCGCUGCCCGCCGGCUCGGAUAAGCCCUGCAAGCAGAGGGAAGGGGUCGGAGAGGGUGGGUUGAGGAGAGGAUUUCAGUGAAGGCUUCACUCAUAAAAACAAUCAAAGUGAGUAACUGUAACCCUGCAAGAGGAACAAAUGAAGUGUCCCUCUUCUAGGUGGGAAUUUUUUCUGACUCGACGAUUGAAUCCAAUCGUCCACGUCAGUUUCUCUUUUUUAUUUCUUGCAUUAUGGUAAUCUCUGGGUUUAGGACCAUCCGGGUCUCCACAGUCUGCCUUUUCUGAUCAGACACCCGCAGAAGUGGAUUCAAAGAGGCUCGGGCAGGAUUGUGUGUUUUCUGUUAGAUUUUUUUGUGUUAAGAAGGGCCAGCGAUCCCUGGAAGAAGGGGUGUGUAAACCUGGCAAAUCGCCUGCUGAUUCUUCCUUUCAGCUCUAAAUCUUCCUUCCUCCCACUCGCACUCACUCUCCCAGCUUGUGGCCCAGGAAGGAUUUUCUUCUGAGAAGAAUCUUAUCCCCAUCCGAGGGCCGUGCUUCUUUUAAGGUGUAUGUCCAUUUGCUUUUGUGUGGUCAGUGACGGUGAUUUUAAAUAAAAAAAAAUUUGACC